AGUAUCACUUCUACGGUCCUUCGUGGGCUUUAUAUGUCUGGGCAUUGGAGCGCGUCCCGGGCUUCGGACACAUGGUCGCAGCAUCUAGCGGUGAUCCGACAGCGCACCCUCGGUGUUUGAGAUGGACUUUCAGGGGUAAGCCCCGGCUUCACGGUCUGCGCGAUCUAUUCGAGGGACAGGGUGGUGUCCUGCCCCUGGAGCCCGAUGGUGACGAUCUGUCGAGUCACUACUUCAUAUCAGCGCUGACACCGGGCGAACUCUCGGUGAGCUUCAGGCCCCCCGACAACCCAUUAGCUCGGGGUGUCCAAUUUCCACAGCAGACCGGAGCCCGUGUUGUGGAGGAGCGCGGGGACGAGGAGGAUGUACCUAGACAACCUCGUAUGACUCGCAGUCACAGUGUUCGGGGCCCUGUGAGGGAUGCUCGACCCUACGAGCCGGCUCGUCAUUUAGUAGAUCCGGGCAAGCGCCCAGCGCCGCUUACUUCUUCAUCGUCGAGCGGAUCUCGGACUGUAUCCAGUCCCAGCGAGGGUGAGGUGGACCGUAAGUGGGUGAAGAAGACGAUCCGUCAGGAGAUUAAGUUGGCCUUCGGCAAAUUCGUGGAUAAACUGAAGGGCAAGGGUAAAAAGGAUAGGUGCAAGAAGAGCAAACAUUUCCGAGUGCCCGACUCCCCUGAUGAUGAUGACCAGCGACGGUCCCCUGAUGAUUACCAGCCACGGGCUCCUCCACAGCGACGGUCUCCUCCACCCAGUGCUUCAGGGCCCGACGCUUCAGGGCCAAGCGUUUCACGUCCCUGCGACGACGACCCCCGCGAUGAGGAACCACGCCAUCCAGAGACCCAGGUCUACCCAUCACGCCCUUCAGAUUAUGCCCAUUCCCGCCCAGCAGAGACCCCGGAUUACAACGAGCAGUGGCGGGCCAUGAAUCAGUCUGUUCAGGGCGACUACACACCGGCAGAGCAGACUUUCGACUGGUCGACCCAGGUCUACCCUCAUUGGUCUUCCCCAUUCCUGAAGCCGCAGUAUAGCACAGAGACCCCGAUAUUCUUUGCUGAACCGCUCACUUCUAUUGCACCACAUGAGUGGGGACAGUCCAGUUCGGCAGGGCAGGCUCAGACGGAGGAGCCUGAGCCACAGGCAGAGCAGCCACAGGUACUGCUGCUGCAGCAGCCAGAGCAGCCGCCGGCAGAGCAGCCACCAGCAGAGCCCCCGCGUCGCAGUCAGAGGGUGAGGCGUCCGUCUAACUUUCAGAGAUCGCCUUGGGUUAAUAGCCGAAUGCCACGUCCAGUGACACAAUACUGCAGUGACCAUUAUGAGAAGUGGAUGGCUAGGUGUCGAGAGGGUAGGGGUGGUGAGAUUUAUGUCAAGGCAAGUGGUGGUUUGCGGGAGUACGACGACUUCGCGCGCGUGGAUAAUGUCAGCCAGGAAUUCACAACUGGGGAUAUUGACUUGUAUUUCUUGACCUUGAGAAAUAGACUUCGAGAUUCCCUGGAUUUACUGGAUGACGUAGAUAUGAAUAACACAAUCAUAGUAGACACGGAUUGGUUUAUAUACCUCAAGAAAGAGUGGGACGCUCUAUUGGAGAAGUGGGCAGGAAGUGAGUUUACUCCAGAGGAGUAUCAUAUAUUGACGCAUGGAGCAAUAGCUGAUGGUUGGGAGCCUGAGAUAGACUGGCUCUGCCAAGUACGUGGAAAAUCCGUUAGGGGCCAUGAACUUCCUCCUGGUCAUAUAGGAUGGAUGGAUGCCACACAGGUUCUCGUACCAGUCAUAAUUGGCCACCAUUUUAUCCUAUGUCGGAUUCGGUUAGGAGAAUUGGUUUGCGAGGUCUAUGACCCAGUAUUCCACAAGCUAUCACCUCGACAGCAGGAUGCUCGAGUUGGUGAACUACUACCUUUACUGAGAUUGUUGCCAGUUGUCCUUCAGUUGUCGAGGUGGAUAGACGACACAUCCAUUGAUUCGACAGUGGCAAAGGCCAAGUACCCACUUAUGACGUCGGAGUUUGCUCCAGCGGAGGUUCAGUUUCACCAGCAGGACUCUGUCAGCUGCGGGCCUUUCGUCUGCAUGUAUGCAGAACGACUGAUAUCUGGCUCUCCAUCCAUUGAGUGGGGUAACCACAACGUGGCGGCAUAUAGGAGCAAGAUUGCUAGAUCUAUAUUUUCGUUGUGUGAAACUUGGAGGGCCCGUACCACUAGACUUGGUUUUGCAUAGUGUUUUAUAUUGUUACAUUAAUGAGUGCUUCUAUUUGGUUAU